CAGAGCUUUGUCUCGCGGAGAAAAUAGUGAUAAAUCGCAGGAAAAACUCAUUUCGCAUCAGUUCGCGCGCAAACGCCGGGCAGCGCGCACGCGUCCAUAGAUUAUAUAAUAAAAUGCGCGGCAAAACAGUCGAAACUUAGCUCGAAUCAAGUGCCUUUAAGUUGUUUUAAACAAAUUAUGUGAUAGUAAUUUAUAAGUGAAAUUAUUCCCUGUGAUACUGUGUACAGAUACUUUUAUUUACUAGAAAAAGUGCAAUUAUACAACAAUGGCGGACGAGAAGAAAGACUCCGUUCCAUUCAUCAAGAAUGGCUUACAAGGUACCAUCACGAAGACUCCAAUUCCCGAGAAGCCCGGCAAGGCUGGCAGGGGCAAAGCCCUAAGGCAGGUGAUGGCAUCCUUCAUCGCCAACCUGGGUACCAUUAACACUGGAAUGGCGUUUGGUUUCUCUGCCACUUCUCUACCGCAGUUGAAAAGUCCGGAUUCCUUCAUACAUAUUACUGAUAACGAAGCCAGUUGGAUAGCCAGUUUAAGUGCAGCCGGUACGCCGAUAGGAUGCAUUCUCAGUGGAUACCUCAUGGACAACAUUGGACGCCGAAGGACACUCAUCGUUACUGAAAUACCGCUCAUAUUCGGAUGGCUUAUGGUUGCUUUUGCGCAAAACGUUCCUAUGUUAUAUAUUGGCAGGUUGAUGAUCGGCUUCGGUUCUGGCAUGGUGGGCGCUCCAGCCAGGGUCUACACGUGUGAGGUUUCCCAACCACAUCUCAGAGGAAUGCUCGGCGCUCUCGCAUCAGUCGGCGUGUCUACUGGAGUUUUGAUACAGUACGUGAUAGGCAGUGUGACAUCAUGGAAUAUUCUGGCAGGGAUCAGCGCCACGAUACCUAUCCUCUCACUCCUGGGUAUGCUUCUUCUGCCAGAGACCCCCAACUACCUCCUCCAGCAAAACAAGAGGGAGAGGGCCGAAAGUUCCCUCACCAAGCUAAGAGGCUCCACUUGCAAUUUGGAAGAUGAAAUUCAGAAAAUGAUUGCGUUUAAAGAGAAGAAUCAUGUUGAACCAUUGAAAGGUCCUCGUGAAAUUAUCAAAGCUCUGCUGUCCCCAUCCACACUGAAACCGUUCACGAUCCUGGCGAUCUACUUCUUCGUGUACCAGUGGUGCGGUGUCAACACCAUCACUUUCUACGCCAUCGAUGUUUUUGAGGCCUCUGGUGCAAUGACGAACAAGAACUGGCUGGCUAUCUCCAUGGGUAUAGUGCGUGUUAUAUUUACUGUCAUCGGUUGCAUACUCUGCAGGAAAUGUGGUAGAAGAAUCCUAACAUUCGUCUCUGCGUUCGGUUGCGGAGUGACAAUGAUAAUUCUGUCAGUAUACAUGUACUUCAUCAAGUUCUGGAAGGAGCACGACAUGACUCCUCAAUACUCCUGGGUGCCAGUAGCCAGCAUCUUCCUCUUCGUUAUCUUCUGCACGCUUGGGUAUCUCAUCAUACCCUGGGUCAUGAUUGGUGAAGUUUAUCCUACACAGGUCCGUGGUAUAGUGGGAGGUAUGACAACGUGCGUAGCCCAUAUGUCUGUAUUCUCCGUAGUGAAGACGUUCCCUUACCUCAAGUACUUGUUGAACGACUAUGGAGUUUUCGGUCUCUAUGGAACCAUGUCUCUACUCGCAAUCAUAUUCUUCUACUUCUACCUUCCUGAAACCAAGGGGAGAACACUGCAAGAGAUAGAAGAUUACUUCAGUGGCAGAACGAAGUCCCUGACGAGACGUAACACGCAGUGUGAAGGAGCGUGAUCGAGUGAGAUUGGAGUGUGAUGUGAUGCAGUGUAAUAUGAUGUGUGAUAAGGCCUGAUUGUGAUACAUUCGUGUGAAUUAAAUGAGCUUAUACUUUCAAUAGUCAUCUAUAAAAUAACAGCCUUAAGGUUGAAUAUUGGUUACAUCGUAAAGCUGGUCCUUUUUGAAUACCUAACCACAAAUAAUCCUAUAGAAUUUGUGAGUUCGUGAAUUUAUGCUUAGGUACGUAUUGUAUAUACUGUGCAUUCGGUGCUACAAAAUAAUUGUUUUGAAGUUACAUAAUAUACGAAUACCCUGUACUGCAUAAACCUAUAAGAUACUUAUAAAAAAAUAAGAAAACAUUAUGUACGAAGUAUCAUGAAAUGAAACUAGAUGGCAGCACUAUAGCUUGUUCCAAUAUGUUGCAAUCUAACAAAAAGUAAAAUUGAAAUAUGCCAGUGUCAAAAAUUAAAUUCAAAAACAUUGGGACAAGCUGUUAUGACGCCAUUAAAGUGAUCACAGUUAUUUUAAAACAUAACCACCUUAUUAUAAUACAAAAUUUAUCUUUAGCCUAGGUUUAAACCAUUGAGUCAGCUUUUGAAUUUUGAAUCUUAUUGUCACCUGCCUUUAAUUCGAAAUACAAAAACUGACUCAAUGGUUUAGACCUAGACUAAAGAAAAACCUUGUAAACGAAAAACAUAUUUCUGUAAGUACCUACCUACAUUUUUUAUGACACGACAUGUAAACCGCUGCAGGCAAUUUUAUUUGUUAUGUUCUAAAUGAUAGAGUUGAAUAUUAAAGAUACUGAGAUACAGAGUGGUAGUGCCUUUGUUUGAGGCACUUUAUUUACUUAACUAUUGUGUGCGUUACUUGUUGACUUCUGAAAAAGAUUUAAGACCUAUUUUCACGGGUUUAAGAAAAAAA